AGAGCUGCUUCAAGAUUGGUCGGCUCGUGUUCCUCUACCCUCCCUUCUCGAGGCUUCCGCUUCCUGUUCGGACGGACGCUCCGGCAGUAACAAUGAUCGGGGACAUCCUGCUGUUUGGGACGCUGUUGAUGAACGCCGGGGCGGUGCUCAACUUUAAGCUGAAAAAGAAGGACACGCAAGGCUUUGGGGAGGAGUCGAGGGAGCCCAGCACAGGUGACAACAUCCGGGAGUUCUUGCUGAGCCUCAGAUAUUUUCGAAUCUUCAUCGCCCUAUGGAAUGUCUUCAUGAUGUUCUGCAUGAUCGUGCUCUUUGGCUCCUGAGCUCCAGGUACAGAACCGGAAACACACCUUCUCAGAUUGUCUCUUCCUCCAUUCCUGACGACUUCAAGAAUGUUUCUGACCAGAAAACCAGUGACCUUCCCAGAAAGUCCAAGCUUGUGGUGGGUGGAAAAAAUGUUCACCAAGAUGAACACAGUUUCCCAGCCACGUCACUGUUUUCUUUUCAAAGAUAUUUUCACUUUGAUCUCUGCCUUGAAAUGCUGUCUACUUAAAAGAGUUUGAAGAGUGUUUAUGUGAGGGGCUGUGGUAUCUAGAUUGUUUAAUCAGAUCAGAAUCCCUCUUCUACCAAACUUUCACCCAUCUGGGUAUUUAUUGGUUUAUUUUUAAUAACCAUCCUUUUUCGGUUCAAAUUAUACAGAUUUUUAAAAAUCUUUUGUAUCCAGGGAUCUGAAGCAGAAAGGUUGGCUUUUAAGUUUGAUGCAGCCUCUUAUUGGACUGCAUUUGUGAGGAAUGAACAAGUUCAUUGUUGCUGGGUCUGUGUCCAAAUUCCUUCCCCAUCCCAAUGGGCUCUGCUGGGCCACUCCAUGCUGCUGAAGUUGUCCCCAGGACUUGAAGGGUGAAGUAACUUAUGGGUUCCUGUGGAAGAGAGGUGCAGAGCAGUUGGCAGGGCGGAUGGGGGUUUUAUGAGAAACUUUGCCUUGCCUUGAAGCCCUCUAUUAAAGUAACUUUUGGGGCCAUUAAUUGUAUAGUUUUUAGAAUGAGAGUGAUUUAUGUGGUGAUAUUGGGACCCAGUUCUGAAAGCUUGGGUUUUGGGGUCUGCUUUUCAAGUGGAUGAUUUCAAGUUUGAAAAACAAGCCUCAUUGGAGGAAAUACAGCAUUUUGCAUAGAAGCUUCUUUGAAAGGGAGUCCUGGUUUAAUCGCCAGCAUGACACUUGGGUGGUCAGUGCCUGGAUCCUACAGCUGUUUGAUUUGUUUGUUGUGGUUUUUGAAAUCCUAACUUGCAGGUAACCUGGUAGGAGGAAAGAAUAAACAUGCAGGCUCUUAGAACUAAAGAGCAUUGAAAAUAAAGCUCAUUUCUAAAAAGGA